AUGAGCAACAGUAGUACAAUCGAUCGUUACCUUGAUGCUGGUGAAGAACCUAUCCAAACAUUAUUACCUAUCGAAGGUUAUGAAAAAAGACCGCUGGUAUCACUAGAAGAAGCUAUACAACGCAUAAAGCCAUUGAUAAAUGAUCUCGACAGAAAAGUUUGGUUGGCGAAGCGAAGUUCUUCUAAUCCAACAGAUGAUCUUACUACGGAUGAGUCUGCUGCUAUUCAUCUGUACACGAUGCAGUGGGCUACUUCUCAAGAAAGUCUCUUUGUUCAACUAAACCGAACGCUUCGUUCUGAAGUACGUGACAAUUUGAAGCCAUGGUUCUCCUAUCUUAAACUAUUUCUCACAGCCUUGUACAAAUUGCCAUCAAUGAAAGGCACGAUUUGGCGUGGUAUUCAUGGUAAUGUUAGCGAUCAAUAUCGAAAGGAUUUCAUAUGGUGGGGCUUCAGUUCGUGUACGGAGACCAUGCCAAUACUGGAACAGUUUAUUGGUCGUUCAGGUGUACGCACAAUCUUUAUGGUAGAAUGUCUUACUGGGAAAAGUAUACAAAACCAUUCGUUUUAUAAGAAGGAGAAUGAAAUUUUACUUAUGCCUGGCACCUAUCUACGUGUUGUAGACAAAUGGAGUCCGGCAGAAGGAUUAUACAUGAUUCGUUUGCAGGAAACAGAUCCUCCACACAAACUGAUUGCUUCUCCUCUUGACUUUUCUUCAUCAAUCAUGACGACAUCUCCUGCAGGUAAAAUCUCCAUUUCAAACACAAUUCAACUAGGUGUUCGAUUUUCAUGA